UUCCGCAGCGGGCAGAGGCCAGGGGAGUCCCAGUGGCUCCCGUUAACGAAUUAACUCGCUAAUGAGGGUGGGCUCGGCAGGGCCUGUGUCCCCCCCCGGCCGCCGCCUCCUCCUCCCCCGGAGGGGGGCAGUGACAGGCGGCGGCUCCUGCCCCAUGUGACUGGGGAGCGGCUGCCCCCGUCCAUGGCUUGGCCUCCCCCGGGCAGCAGCAGCUCCGGCUCCCGGGGAGGAGGGGCAGGAGCUGCUGCUCCAUGGGGAGGAAGGGCAGCCCUCGAUCCCCCCAGGCGGAGGGGGGAUCCCGGGCCGCCUCCCCCCCCCCCUUCCUCCUCCUCCUCCUCCUCCUCCCCGCUCUGGGCCUUGCCCGAGGAGCUGCUGCUCCUCAUCUGCUCCUACCUGGACGCGCAGGCCUUGGGCCGCCUGGGCCAGGUCUGCCGCCGCCUGCGCUUCUUCACUAGCCGCGAUGUCCUCUGGAGGCGCAUAGCCCGCGGCUGCCUCAACUCCGGCUUCACCCAGCUCGGCACCGACCUAGCAGCUGACGUUCCAGUGAAAGAAAGGGUGAAAGUCUCUCAGAACUGGAAGCACGGGCGCUGCCGGAGGGAGAUACUGCUGAAAUGGAAACACAACUUGAUGCCCUGGAUGGAGCUAGAUGGCGAGUAUUUGUACCUGUCUCAAGCUGAAAACAUUGAGGCCUACCGGCUCUGUCCAAAUAGUACAGGUUUGCAGCGCCACCCUCAAGCUAUCUUCUCUGGCCACCAGGAGGACGUGUGUCGCUUUGUUCUUGUCAACUCCCACGUCGUCAGUGGAGGGGGGGAUGGGAAUAUUGUCCUUCACAAGAUCCAUGGCUCCUACAGUGUCAAGUUUUCUGCACAUGAACAGGAAGUGAACUGUGUGGACUUUCAAGGUGGCCUCAUUGUGAGCGGCUCCCGGGACAGAACAGCAAAGGUCUGGUCCCUGUCCACGGGCAGAGUUGGGCAGUGUCUACACACAGUGCAGACAGAGGAUCGAGUGUGGUCCAUUGCUAUCAGCCCAUUAUUAAGCUCAUUUGUGACGGGGACAGCCUGCUGUGGACAUACCUCUCCUCUGAGAAUCUGGGACUUUGAGAGUGGUCAGCUGUUGACUUGCUUAGGGACCGAUUUCCACCGUGGAGCUGGAGUCCUUGAUGUCUUCUACGAAACGCCCUCGCUUCUCCUUUCAUGUGGGUAUGACACGUACAUCCGCUACUGGGACAUACGGACCAGCACUAGGAAAUGCGUCCAGGAGUGGGAAGAACCCCACGACAGUGCCCUAUACUGCUUAAGGAGUGAUGGGAACCAUAUGAUUGCCAGUGGCUCUUCUUACUAUGGCGUGGUGCGCCUCUGGGAUAAGCGGCAGACUCGGUGCCUGCAGAGCUUUCACCUGUCUUCACCCACCAGCAGCCCUGUGUACUGCCUCCGCUUCAGUACCACUCAUCUGUAUGCUGCUUUGGCAUCAGCCCUGCACGUCCUAGACUUCACAACCCCUUGAGGAGCACCACAGCUAUUUCUGGUCACCCCAACUCAGCAGAAUUGACACUUGGCUCAGGGAAUUGCAGGGCAGAAGAGGUGAGAGUGGCCCCUGAGACUUCUCAAGGGAUUCUUUGCCUGCCACAAAGAUAUGUUCAAGAGUGUACAAAGGGCCAGACUUUCUCCACCUCACCUGCCCUUUAGUGGAAAUAAAGGCUGACUGUCCUUUACCCUUUUUAUUUUGUACAAGUCAGGGUUUUUUUAACUGUGGUUUUUUUUCUUUCUGUGGAUACAGCAUUUGAGGGGCAGGUUGAGGUGGAAUGCCCCAUCAGCUGUGUGUGCUGGUCAUUCAAGAUCAGACAAGCUCUGAGCCAUGUGAAGCAAAUCUAGAUCGUGGAGGGGGGUGCAGUGUUUUGGCAAAAGGGGAGGUGCCUGGAGCAGGGCCUACCUCUCACCUGUGCUUGCUGUCCUGACAGCUGCUUGUGUUGUCCUUCAAAGUCAAGAGCAAGAACUGAGCUAAAAGGCAGAGCCAGUCCUGCUUUCAGCAUAUUCCUCCCCAACCUGGCCAUCAGGUCGGGCUAUGCACUUGGCAGGGCUGAACAGUCCCAUUUUGCUAAAUAAAACACUGAAGGGAAACAGAAAA